GGGAGGAGAACUUGUCUGAGGCGCGAGAGAGGCAGGAGCUGAUUGAUUUGGUUGUGUGGGCUCUAUCAGACAGCAGUAACAAGCAGAUAAACCACUCACUCGACUUUUAUUUUUCAACAAACAUUGAAUUACAUCAAUUUAACUUUUGGGGGAAUUCGAGAGCACCUGCACGGAGCAUCCAGCGGUUCCUCCGUCUCCUCUCUGCCGGGUCUGGAGUCCCCAGCUGCGCAGGAGAGCUCCCCUGCGAACCGCGUCAUGGGAUACAGCUGAACCACCGCCGCUUUUCGCGUGUACACCUGAAGCUUUUUGUGGAUUUAAAAAACGUUUAAGAAAAAGAAAAACAGACUCGUUUAUUUACUCGCUUUAAGAAAAACUUCAUUCAGUCGGGAUUAUAAGCCUUUGCCACGGACUCUUAUCACUUUAUUUCUAACGCACGGUUGGGGUUUGGUGGAGAGUUGCAGGAUGGGCUCAUCCAACUGCUUCAGAUGGGCCGUUGUCAUCUUGUGUUGUUCAUCACUCACACAUGGACAUUUGGAGAGAGAGCACUCACCUAUGAUUCUGCCCUCUGAAAACCCCCUCAUUCUUCAUAAGGAUGGUUUGUUACAUCUCACAUGCAGAGGCCAUGGCCCACUGCAGUGGAAACUUGUUGACUCCAAUCGAUCGCUCUCAUCCGAGGAGGUGAAGGUGGAGUCGUGUGAUUCCCGACAUCACUCUCACUCACACUGCAGCAAACUGACCAUCACAAGUUUAGUAGCUAAUGACACAGGAAGGUACAACUGUGAAUACUCCAAAAAUGGUUCAGCCCACUUCACCUCGAUCUACGUGUAUGUCCAAGAUCCUGAGCAACCAUUUGUGGACCCUCAUCCCUUAAGACCUAUUAUCUUAGAAAGCUACAGGCACGAGACCAGCCUCAUACUCCCCUGCAGGACCACCUAUCCCGAUAUUGAAGUAACACUCACAGGGCAGCUCGUGGCUUUACCAGAGAAGGUAGUUAAGGAACAAAUAUGGGAUCCGAAGGUUGGAUUCAAGAUUCCCUACGAUCCCUACAGAGAGAUCAGCAUGGUCUUCUGUAAAACCAAGGUCAAUGGUCGUGACUUUGAGUCAAAAUACUUCCCUAUGAGAAUAACUCAUGCCCUUCAAAAUGUGAAGAUCACCCCAGAGCGUGUCAAACUGUUGGUUGGAGACACCCUCAUUCUCAACUGUACUGGCAAGACCACUCAUAAUGGAAGAAUCAAAUUCACGUGGGAUUUCCCAAAGAGUAAAGAAAAUAGACAUGAAACACAAUGGACCAUGGACCGGUCUACCAAGGUGUAUGUGAUGAGCAGGUCUUUAUUCUUGCCAAACAUUACCAUGGAGGAUAAAGGAGUGUACCACUGCAGGGCUGAGAUCAACCCUACGAUUUAUAUGAAUGUCACCGCUAAAGUCAUCGUCAUUGAGCAUCCAUACCUCAAUAUCUCCUAUAAACAUGAGCGGCACAGUACGAUAAGGGUCAAAGAAGGCAGGAAGAAGCUUGUGUUUGAUCCCAAGGUCCAAGCUCUGCCACCGCCAGACAUGGCAGCAUGGUUUAAGGAUGGGGUCCCUAUCAACAGGAGUUCCACCUGUUACAAGAUGUCUGGCUUCACCUUGAUCAUCGUUAAUGUGCAGCAGCAGAAUGCCGGGGUCUUCACUGUCAGUCUGGGCAACCAAGCGAGGGGCUUGCACAGGAAUCUGAGCUUCACACUGAUAGUGGAGGUGAAGCCAAUUAUUUCCGAGGCCGAGCUUGCCACUGUGGACGUGCAGCCGUACAUGAUCGGCAGACAGCACCAGUUAACCUGCACUGCUUACGGGGUGCCGCUGCCAAACACCACAUGGUUUUGGCAACCGUGUCAACUAAACACCACGCUUAUAAAAUCCCCGGUCCACACUGAUGACAGGGGGAAUUACUCCCACAACUGGAUUAAGAGCAUAAACGUCAAGCGUGAACUGGUAAAAGGAAAAAUCAAGGUAUGUGUUUGA